GGAGCUGUCCCGGACUGAGAAUGUGGGAGUCACCUGGCUGUGGGAUGAAGGAUGUGCUCGAGGACAAUAAAGACACAAGUGGGUUCUCUGAACAUGAACUCCUUGACAUCAUGUAUAAUGCAUGUAAUACCUCCAACACAGGAGAGGUGUUGGCCUCCACCAUUGUGCAGUACCUGCAGACCAUGACGGCACAGAAUCCGGACCAGGACAGACUGGCUGCCCUGCGACAGCUGCUCGACGGUGAUCUUCAGGACCCGCAUGUGAGCAGAGAGACUUUCCACUCCAUCAUGAGGGAGUGGAUAGCACAGUGCAGCCAGGACAGCACUGAUGUGGAUGGCAGUCAUGUAUCUUGGCCAAACUCUUCUAAAGUGCCUGUAAAUGGGCUGGAUUUCUCAUCUUCUCAAAGCAAAACUGCUUCCUCAGAAAGCCACCAGUGUUCCUGUGACGGAAAAGACCUGUUAGGCGCAGUGGCCGAACUGAAGCACGCUCACCGCAAGCUGAGCGAGCAGAACAGCAGCCUGUUGAGGACCGUGGCUCAGUGUGAAGACAUAAACCUGCAGCUCACUCUGGAUAUCACUGAGCUGCAAGCAAAGCUGGCCAGUGCUCAGCGAUCAGCAGUGAGCGCCAGAUCCCUGACAGAAGAACUGGAAGAGACCCGUCGGGUGUUUAAAGAGGCCCAGGAGAGAGCCAGCCGCACCCAGACCAGCUGUACCAAACUGAGCAAUGAGGUUGAAUACCUGAAGGUUCACAUUAGGAGACUUGAAGACAAGAAUGAAAAACUCACCUUUGAAAGGACGUGUUCUGAAGAUAGCAUCAACAAACUGAGGAAGGUCAACGCUGAGCUGAGGGCCGAACUCCAGGAAACCCUUGUUAUGUUGACGCUGAGAGACAGAGAAAACACAAAGAAAGACAUUCUCAUGGACAAGAUGAAGAACUCUCAUGUGGAGAAUCACAACAUGAUCGAGGGUCUGCAGUCAGAGCUGAUGAGGUUACAGGAACAUUCACACCAAGUUCUUUUGAGGUAUGACAGACACUGUAUCAGUCCUCAGAGUCUCUAUAAUCGAGAUCCUCCAAACCAUCGCUCUCUGCAGAGCGAGAUGCAGGAUAUGCAGCAGCAGCAUCACAGAGCUCUGGACGACAUAAGCCUCCCGUCCCUGCACACGCACAGUGAUGAUAUUCAGAGCAUCAUCCACAGGAUCAAGUCUGCAGAAAUAGCUCAUCUUGUGCACAAUAAGUAUCCUGAGAGGGACUCUGCUCCUGUAGAAACACAGGAGAGGCCUUUUCCUCACCACCAACAGCAACAGCCAAGCAUCAAGCAGCAGCUUGUCAAUGUGCUGCAGGAGCUAGAGCUCCACAAGUGUGUGUGGGAGGAGAAAGGGGACAAGGUGGAGGAGUGGCGGAGAGCCAGGGACAAGGAGCAAAAGCAAAGCCAGACUGGGAGCCAGACUCAGAUCCAGGAGGCCAAGAAGGUGGCUGUGGUGAACUGGUGGAAAGCCCGCAGUGUAGAGGGGGCUAAAGCCAGGACAAAAGAAACCCAGUCGGGCCAGGAGCUCUCUCAGACACAAGCAAAGCUCCAGCAAGCAGAGCAGACGAUCAAUGAUAUGAGGGAGCAAGUCUGCCACCUGCAAACAUCUCUAACAUCUGCACAGGAGUGUGUUGCCGAGCAAAGAAACAGCAGUGGAGUUCUUCAUAUUGACAAGGCAACCAACACUGAGAGAGAAGAACUAGACAGAGCUGUGGAGAAGGUUGUGAAGGAUCAGAGGGAUGCGGCGGUGGCCACAGAGAUCACAGGUGGAGCAGCCUCAGAGCAGGAGCAAAUCAAGCUUCGGGUGACUGCAGAUGGCCUUCUGGCGACCCUCAGACGGAUGGAGGCAAUGGUCAACAGUGCCCUGGAGACCGCCGAGCUGGUGCGAGAGAGCGAGCAGAGGGUGAGCCAGGUGAAAGUGAGGAUAGAGAGCAUCACUCAGAGGGUGGAGGAGGCUCUGGGCCGAGCAGCCGACACUGACGAGCAGCUGAACGUUCUGGAUGCUCGGAUCACAGAACAAGCUCUAGCUCAGAAUCCAGGUCCCAGUCUGCCAGUUGAUCCUGGAACAGAAGCCGCAGGCUUUACGGCCGAAUCCGAUGUGGAGUCUGAAGACAGGGACAGUCCCCCUCCAUCUCCUGUAAUCCCAGAAGUCAGUGAGCCUCCACAGCUACCCAUGAAUGGUGGCACCGGACGAGGCAGCUGCAGCACGCUCCAGGAAGAGGAGGAACACUGGCUGCAGGGAUCUCCUUCUGAACAAAGUGAUCAUAACUCCAAGUCCUGUGACGCCCCCUGUGUUGCUGAGAGACCUUUUAUUUUCCCCCACACCCGCUCACGCCCCUCACUGACCCCCGCCAUGCCCACGCUACCAGAGGAAGAGGAGGACUCCCCCGAGGAGCUAGACAGUUCCUCCAGCUCUCCCAGUACAUCUACACCUGGUGAAAGUCGAGCUGUCAUCAUGACUGCCCCCACUAUUGUCUACCCACAGCAGGCUACUGUUGUCCAACAAGAUGGACGUCCCCUCGAGCAAACCAGGCCACACAGUCCCAGAGGUCGCCUGGCCAGAAACUCAUCUGGAGGACCCAUCACCACAGUCGACAGCACAGGCAACGUAAUCGACCUGGUGAAAGAUCAGCUGCCAGAGCUGCAGCUCUCUGAGGAGGAUCGACAGAAGAACCUGGAGCUGCUCGAACAGGCCAAGAAGGUCAGCGACCGCUUCCUGAUGCGCCGUGGCCGCCGCUCCACCGGCAGCCUCACAGAGUCACCCACAGGUCUUUCUCCAACUCCAACUCCGUCAUCCUCACCAUGUUCAUCUAGAAGCAGCUCACUGACUGUGGCUCCUCAAACUGGACUCACAGAGGCAACCCAUGUCAGCUCACCGUCGGUUGGGCAGCAUCUGGAGGUUCCGUCAUUGCGAGAACAGCAUGAAGUAACGAUCCAGGAUCAGGAGAGCAACAGACUGUUGGUGGAUUGGAAGCCCACUGAGAAGAGGAAAGUGUCCUCUGGGACUCUAACACCCCGUUUUGCUGUUCAGAAGGAGAACUGUGACUCUGCUGCACCCAAGAGUCCUCCAGCAGUCAGUAAAGGGGAUGAGGGAGCUGGUCCAGGCCGAAACCCCAACCAGGCCCCGGCAACAGGGGUGGCCAAGCCCGUCCCCCGACCCCCUACUCAACAGGCCCCCUGUACCGCAGAGAUCAAGACGAUUGGGGCCUUCCCUCCACUAAUGAGGGCUGUUUCCUGGGAUGCUGUAGGCAGCCUUAAUUCUAGAAAUGGAGCCCCAAGUUUCCCUCCUACAGCGGAGGAUAUCUUCUCAGACAAGCCCAGGGACGCGGUCUUCAAGUCCUCAGGGUACAAGGACCUCCCCUCCCAGCCAGGGGGUAUACAUAAACUGUCUAAAUUCAAAGAGGACCACAAGCUGACGCGUAACCAAAGCAUAGUGGGAUCCAAGUUACCAGACUUGAGUGAAGCUGCUGAACAGGAAAAAGGUCCUCCACCAUCUCCAAACUCAGCCACUAGUGAGGAGGUGAGGGAGAAGUAUGACUCCAUGCCAAACAUUUCAGACUUGAUGCUGCGAAAACUCAAACUUCACAGAGGUCUACCAGGCUGUGCACCCCCACUCACUGAAAAAGAAGUUGAGAAUGCAUUUGUCCAGCUGUCACUGGCAUUUCGUAAUGACAACUACACUCUGGAGAUGAGGCUCAAACAGUCAGAGAGGGAGAGGAACCUGACUGAGGAAGACGCAGAGAAAGAACUGGAAGAGUUCAAAGGAGCACUGAAGAUGACUUCACCACAGUGGCAGAACCUGGAGCAGCGUGAGGCCUAUCAGCGCCUCAUAGAGACAGUGGCAGUGCUGCACCGACUGGUCACACGGCUCUCCAGCAGAGCGGAAAUAGUUGGAGCAGUCCGACAGGAAAAACGUAUGAACAAGGCCACUGAGGUCAUGAUGCAAUAUGUGGAAAAUCUGAAGAGGACGUAUGAGAAGGACCAUGCAGAGUUGAUGGAGUUUAAAAAGCUGGCCAACCAGAACUCAAAUCGCUGUUAUGGAGGGUCUAUUGACACUGGAGAUGAUGGAGUUCCACGGCCGUCAAGAUCAAUGUCCCUCACCCUUGGAAAGGCUCUGCCCAGGCGUAGGGUGAGCGUAGCGGUGGUGCCUAAGUUUAACCUCCUGAAUAUCCCAGGUCAGACCCCAGCCACAGCCAGCCCGGGCCCCAACGUGGGACCCACCACUGGUGCUGCUCUUCCUGCCCUGUGUGAAGCGAAUGAUGUGAAAGGCAACACUUCCACAGAGGUGGCACAACCAGCAGCAGAGUGUGGAAAGAGUGUGUCGGAGCAGGAAAGUGAGCCAGCCAAGCCUUCAGUAAACUUAGAGGAGAUCAGAGCCGAGAUCAGAGCCGAGCUCAAGGCAAAGAUGGAGGAGGAGGCAUAUAAUAAAGGCUACCAAGAGGGACUGAAGCAAAGUAAAGUGCUCCAGGAGGAGAAGUGUGAAGAGGAAAACGCUGCAGAGAAAUUGCUGGAAUCAAAAAAUAAGGAUGAAGAGAGUGGAAAGAAGAUAAAGACAAGCAGGAGGAUGGAGGAGGUGCUGGUUCUUCUUGGUCGGUUUUGUCCCAACAUUUCCUUGAGUUGGCGACUUCUCUGGUUUGCCCUGACAUUGUUUGUGGUGAUGUGUCUGGUUAUCAGUAUUUUUACAUUCUUCAGUGACUACUACAAGAGACGUGAGGACACGUAAGCACUGAAGGACUUUGUGCGAGGCGAGAAGAAGAUCUUUGGACUGAAUUUAGCUGCAUCACCAAAGAAACAGAACAGAUGGCAGUCGUCCUCUGUCUCUGUCAGUUUACCAUAUCACCAAACUCGGACUCACUUGAAUCCAUGACCCUGACUCUUGAGGGCCAAAGACGUUUUGGGAGGCUUAAUGGAUAAUGUUGCCUUUCUCAUGGUUAACAGCAUUAAGUUAUAAUAUUGUUUGGAUUGAAACUCUGACAGAUUGUUUGCUGCAGUGAAAAAAAAUAUCGUAUUUGUUUAGGGACCAAUUAUAUAGUGUGAUUAAAUAUAUAUAUAUAUAUAUAUAUAUAUAUAUAUAUAUAUACAUAUACAUAUAUAGUUUAUAUAUUUAAAUUAGAUGCACAGGUGUUUGGGUACUUUUAUGGCACUUUCCAUUAAAUGCCUGCAAUAGAAAAAGUGAAUAUUUAUCUAAACUAAUGUUAAAGUAUAAUCUCUCAGGUCAAAUACAUAAUAAAGCCCCUGAGAGAAUUUGAAGUCAUAUUUAAAGAUAUAGAAAAUAAAGGAAUGUUCUUAAUUUUUUGUUCAGUUUCUAUAAUGUGUAUUUAAAGACUUUAACAUAGAAGCACAUUCCAAAGUAGUUCCUUAAGUGCAAUAUUUUGCAGUUGAUGGUUCUCGUUUGUGCCAUUUUGGAUUGUGUCUUCAGAGCACUGAUAGAUUUUCUUCUUGUAUGAGAGCACUGUUUAGACGGCAUGAGGCUUAUUUUUAUCUUCUUUGAACAUGUGUGCCUACCUGUGUUGUUUGUUCUCUGUGGAUUUUAUAUUCUGCCACCUCACCUUUAAAUAAAGGUGCCUGAAAACA